CAUGCCUAUCUAGGGCCGAGCACAACUACUGAGACCGAGACUGUGGCUAAAUAUGAGAUUAUGGAUGGAGCACCAGUGAAAGGUGAAUCCAUUCCUAUUCGCCUUUUCCUGGCUGGUUAUGACCUUACAGCCACAAUGAGAGAUGUAAACAAGAAAUUCUCUGUGAGGUACUUUUUGAACUUGGUGCUUGUGGAUGAAGAAGAUAGGAGAUACUUCAAACAGCAGGAAAUAGUUUUGUGGAGGAAGGCACCAGAGAAACUGCGGAAACGGAACUUCCAUCAGCGCUACGAGUCACCUGAGCCUCGGCCGAGUCUCUCUGCUGAGCAGCCGGAAAUGUGAGCGGGGUCUGGAGAGCAACCAGCCAGGGACACGCGUACCUCUCAGUGACCAGUCGCAGGAGAGGAGAACAUCUUCCACCGAACAUACAUGCAGAUCGCUGUUCACAUGGUCACCCCUCACAGCUUAUGGUGAUAAACUGUGCCUGAUUUGGCUCUGCCCUCCCUGCCAUCUACAGCAAGCAAUCUGUUAGUAUACAAGGACACUUUUUAGAAAGCACUGGAAACAAUAAUGUAAGUAAUAUAGCACAUCUUCAAGGUUGCACGCCUCCCUAGAUGAAGAAAUGUUUUUAAAAGUGCACUCACUGGUAUCCUCUAUGUUCCACAUCAUAGAGCGGAAACAUAGACCUAAACACAUUUUAAAGAGCUUUCUCAUGCAUGCUAGCUGGUGAAUCUGAGUUCAUGGUAACAGUUA